AUGCCGGUGGGUUCCAACCAACGAGUCGCUAAAGCUAGUCGUAUUUGGUCAGUCGCAGAGGAUGAAGCUCUUAUUGGGCUAUAUUUAAAAUACAGUGAAAAUGCGAUAGUGGGUACGAGCAUGAAAACAGUUGAACUUUGGCGACAAAUAUCUGUGGCGUACGACAUGGUUCAAGCUAGGCAGCCAGAAAUACUACCACCCAGAAAUCCGAAGAGUUUGGAGAACCGUUGGAGAAGGAUGGCGACAGAUGUACUGUUAUGGACAAAUUGUUACGAUGAAGCGGGUCCGUUAACUGGAAGUGGAUUCAACGAAGUUGAUCGAAUUCAAAAGGCCUCGAAGUUGUUCCAUAUAUCAUCCAAACCACCACACAAUUUUGUUUUUCCCCACGCUUGGGAAAUGAUAAAGAAUGACCCAAAGUGGAGGCCGAAGAUUAGAUGGGCAUUGUCACUAAAGGAACGACAAGAUUCUCAAGUGCGUUCGGAAGGGGACACCGAGGAUAGUAGUGGAAGUGAAAAGAGAUCGAGAACUAACAGUGAAGCUGAAGGAGAUGUUCUCGUUGGUGGGUUUUCAUCAGGAGGUAUACCCAGACCCGACGGGGUAAAAAAAGCAAAGGCUAAGCGUAAGGGAAAAGCUAUUGCUCAUGAUAGUGCAAUUUUAAGUAUUGGUGAACAAAUACAGGCUUGUACUGAAGUUAGAAGCUUUGAGGAAAAUUUACGGCAACAAAGGUUGGACCUUGAAAGGGAAAAGGAAAAGAGGAAAAACAAACAGGUCGAAUUACAAGAGAAGAAGAUGAAAUUUGAAAUGUUGCAAGCCAUUAUGUCAAAAACGACGCCACUUACACCAGCUGAAGAAGCGUGGAAGGAGGAACUAAUUCAAGAAGUGUAUGGUGGAAAGUAG